AUGCCCAAUAGUAUCCACCUUGCCUCUAGGGAAGACGCAAGAGGAGACCAGGAUGAGAGACACUAUUUCGAUGGACCUCUAUUGGAUAUUGAGGAUGAUGAAUACGAUGUAGAGGAUGAGCCCCUCGCUGAAGUCGAUAAUCCUACCACGGAUGCUGGUCCUAAGCCAUCCUACAUGGAGCCUUCCUACGAAAGGGCCAGCGCCGUUUCGUUUUCGCGUCUGUCUCAACAAAUGGAGUAUCUUUAUCGACUCAAAACACAAAAUGUAGUCCAUCCACCAGACAAGGUCUCAAAACUAAAACGACUUUUACCGCCGGCCUUAAUUUCAAAAAUCUCACGCCCCACCAAGACCAGCGAUCCGCCACAAUCUCUGUUCCCCAUUCUUCGUCUGCUAUUACCCGAACGAGAUGGUUCACGCCGAAUUUUCACCAAAGAAAACACAUUGGCAAAGGCUUACGGUCGAGCUUUUGGAUUACCUCCAGCUAGUACCGACUACCAGAAAUUGUUGUAUUACUCCGAUCCACAUAUCGUUGGAUCCAAGUCCACUGGAACAGGGGACUUCUCUGAAGUUUUGCGGCAAGUUUUGGAAAAACGUAUAUCACUUCAGAAAAAUGGAUCAGGUGUCACGGUGGGACAGGUGAAUGCACUCCUGGAUGAGCUGGCGGUAAUUGGGAAGCCGCCAACGAGAUCUAAUCAUGACUGGAGAAACCGCGAAGCUGAGCUGAACGACUUCCAAUUGAAACCCAAGAAUUCGGCGUCCAAAGCAGAACUCCAAGCAAACUGGGUCACUAAGCUGCAUUGUCUCGGCUUAACUCCAUUAGAGCACAAAUGGAUUAUUCGUAUCAUCUUGGAGAGGCUACAGAUUACGUUGGGCUCGACGGUCAUUCUUGCAUGGUACCAUCCGCUGGCCCCGUCGUUUUGGAGCGCACACAACAGUUUAAAAGCCGUCUGCAACAAGCUUUGUCAACCUGGCGUCUUUGAGUUGCGUCACAACCUCGCUGAAGAUGGCGGAGACGACGAUGAAGCACCGUCAACUUUGGCGCCUUAUUUCAAAAGCACUCAUUUGACACACGUGCAACUAGGUAAUCCUUUUUCGCCAAUGGCUUCCGAACGAACCGGAUUUCAUACUGUGUUGUCAGAUAUGUCAUCUCGGCAUAGAGAUUUUACUGGUGAAGAAAGGUGCUACAGGUAUGAGGCAGUGAUCAGGAGCUUGGCGUUUAAAUUUCCUACGUUUGCAAUCGAAACAAAACUAGAUGGUGAGCGCCUGCUCGUGCAUUAUUUCCGAAAUGGGACCGUUAAGCUUCAUACUCGGCAAGGCAACUGGUACAGUGAAUUGUAUUCGCCGGUACUUGGGCCAGCUCUCCGUCGAGCAGUGGGAAAGCACGAUUUGGAUCUCAUUUUAGAUGGCGAAGUGUUAGCAUGGGACAACGAGCGCCACGAAACUGUUCCUUUUGGCAACAACAGAACAAUUGCGAAGAUGCGGUACAGUUGGAUGCGAAAGGCUGGAAUACUGGAUGAGCGCGAUAUCAAUCUGCACAACGGCGAGAACGACGUCAAGCGGAUAAACUCAUCGAAUUCAUGGAAUACUCACAACACACGCUGUGACGAAGUAGGCGAGGAAUGUUGGCUCCAGUUUAUCGCUUUCGAUGUCCUUUAUAUCAAUGGUCCUCACGCCCUUGAUUUUUUAUCGAAGACCGUCUCAUCUUUUGCCUUAGCAAAGAAACAAAGUGGGUCUAUUGUUGACCUUGAAUGCCUUGAAAGGAAAAAGAUUCUAUAUGAAUUGAUUGACGAGCAAGAUAACGAGGUCGAGAUAGUGCCGACGGUGGUAGUGCGACCAAACGGGCAAACCUCUCCCGGACAUGAUUAUUUCAGACUCUCCAAUCCUACAAUGGAAUGCGGAUUUCCUGCUCGCGAUUUGGAUUCAAUUGCACGAAUGUUCCACCAGCCCAAGAAUGAUCUAGGCACAAUCGAUGCUCAGAGAAGACACGGAUUGAGUGACGAACUAAUGCGCAAGGCUCGAGCUCAGGCUGUAGAAAGCCACUAUCGAAAAGUCGUUGAGGACAUGAGGCUAGAAGGCCUCCUUUUCAAGGACUUGUCCACUCCAUACAUUCUCGACAAAAUUUCUCGAAGUUUUGGAUACUGGCGCAAGUUCAAACCCGAUUAUUUCAAUGGAUCCGUUGCAAGCGAUCUCGAUGUUGUAAUUAUCGGCGCAUACUUUGCCUCCGGACUUCGCCUCUCCGGCAAACCAUCGAGCUUCCUUUGUGCAUGUACAGAUUCUUGUGAUUCUGAAUACUAUUUUCCCAUGUGCAAAGUCAACGCCGGUUCUAUGGAUAGAAACUCGUUUUCUCAACUUUUGUACGAAACUGGCUUCCGCGCGCCAUGCGAUCGACCUGAUCCAAAUGCGGAGGAGAGCAAGAUGGAAUAUGGACGUUGGUUUCGUGAGGAGGACCAUGGAAAAGCGCUUCCUGAUUUCAUUACCGAUCGGUCUCAUCAGAACAAUAGCCGGGACGGUAGAUGGCGGUUUAGAAAAGAAGACUACCCAGACAUAUGGAUCAACCCAUCUGACUCAUGUGUUCUUACUUUGAACGCGGGAGACAUAGUGAGCAGCGAGGCGUUUCCAUCCGGUCUUACCCUACGCUUUCCAAGAAUUGUUAAGGUACGCAUAGGUGCGGAUACGAAGGAUCCCACAGAAGUCGAAAGCGAUCGGAGUCUUCAAAAAAUUUUGCAACAAGUUUUGAAAGAAAGAUGUGAAAGUAAAGGUGAAGCGAAUGGAAUCUGCUCAACGAAAUCGUUCACCAGAGCCAAAGCGCAGCAGUUCUGCCGUUUUCUUACCGAGGAGGAGUAUGUCCAGGGAAAGAAUAGAAAAAAUUCUACCGGCCGAUCGAAGACGCUUCUCCUAGUGCCCACAAGUCAACAGGUGAUGCUUUCAGAAAGCAAGGUCCUCACUGGGUUGUCGUUCCAUGUACUGGAUGGAAGGUACUCAAUAGAUUCGGACGACGUCGCAGUCGAUGAAGCAACAGAAGAGGGCUGGCUAGAAAAAGCCUUGUCAGUCAGAAGCAGCAAUGACGUCAAACACUUUAUAGCAAGACACAACGGAAAAGUCUUGCUGAAUCCAGAUUCAAGCAUGUUUGUGAUAGGAGGCAGUGAAACUGAUGCGCGCGUUAUCACAUACAUCCAAGCUAUUAAUCGGGCGAGAACGUCUCUAGACAGGCGGACGAAAGAAACUGACAGAUAUCGUCGAAUUGCUGGGUCCGCCGGUGUACUGCGGUGGACGUUCGUUUUUUCUUUCGUCCAAAGUCAUUUAGGAGACGCGGAUGUAUCAACAAGUGCUUUAAUGUUCAACCCUACAAUGCUCGACUUUCUUAAAAGAGCGCAAAUUGAAGCAGAGGAACUGGAAUUUAUGGCUGAUUUGUCUUCCAAAAGCUCUCUUCGUAGGGCUUUAGGUUUGACGUCGAAAAGAAAACGAACGGGAUCCGACAGUUUUUUCUUAGGUGAUUGGAGAGAGAGGGUAUUUUCCUGCCUUCCUACGAUGGAACGUUGUAUUCUAUCUUGCCGCGUCCAAUCAGUCGGCCCCUUUAAAUCAGUGAAGGCUGACACUCCAUCUAACGUCAUACCAAGCGUUGUCUGUCCUGUCACUGUUAAUGACGACACGAUUGAGUCUGUACUUCCGCUCGCUCGAAUGAUGGGGGCUGUUGUGGUGCGAGAGCCACGAAAAGAUCUGACCCAUGUUGUCUGUCAUAUGAUUGUUCAUGACAUAGUUAAACACAAAAGAGGCAUGUCACUAGAUCUUUUCGAAAACCGAGAACAAGGUACAGCUUUCAAGAGAAUCCUAGAUGAUCUUCAAAUCAAGCACAACUUAAGCCAUGAUAUUCUCUUCGUAACGCCAAAUUGGAUCCGCGCUCAGUGGCCAAGUCACGCACGUUGAGCUAUUCGGAUAUAAAUUAGAAAGAAUCACCUCAGCAUAGUUAGACAAAGACGCUACUCGUUAGGCUACGAUGUGCUGAACUAUCCGUGAUACUUUCUCUCACAUGCCCUUAGUUUCUUUGGCAGUUCGCUAGACAUGAGCAUUAGUGAUUCGAUCACAGCCUUGUCUUCUCCUAUGCAAACAUGUUCUGUAUUGCGUCGGUCAUCGGUGCAAUCCUUCGCGCAUGACAGUUUGAGUCUUUUCUUUGGUGGUCUUGACUGUGAAUAAAUGUGCUGCUCCUCACUUGUGGAAAACUUAUCAUACACUUCGUCCCCACUGGAAGCUUUACUACUUUCUGAAACGAAGGGAUUUAAUCGCAGGUUGUCUCGAGGAACAAAGCGAUACUGCUCGUCCACCAUUUCGCCAUCUCGAAUAGGACGCAGACAGAGCAAAAGCUCUAUCACUUCUUCUCUGCUUGAUGUCAUGCUUUCGACUUCUGCGGAUGCAUAAAGAGAUUUCGCUUCUAAUGACGCCUUCGAGGUCGACCUCGAUUUCGUUUCCUCCCGUGAAGAAGCGUCGCUCUCCUUAUUUAAUUCCGCUGUUCGGAUCGACGAAGUAACCUCACACCAUAGCGUUGUCAAAUCGUUCUUAAUUAGACAGACAUUGCAAGUGGGAGCAAUCGGUUUUGGUCGUCCUGUUGUAAAAUGUGAGAGAUUUCGAUGCCUCGUCCACGGGAAGCAAUAUUUCAAAUGGUUAUUCUUACCGUUGGACUCGGAUGAGUCACUGGAAGACGAUGUCUCAUCUCUUGAGCCGUUCGAUUCUCGGUAACCAGAGUCAUCCCCUGAUGAAGAGGGUUCUGGUCUAUGUUGAAGAGAAGACAAUCUAGCUGAUGCGUUGUUCGCCGUUACAUCAGCGCCGAUCACAUCAUCUUUGAAAGCUGUUCCUAAUUGCUCAACCAAUUCCUGGUCUUUCAUUUUCUUAUUGUGCCACCGAACAUUCCUAACCAAGUUUGCAUUGGCCUUUUGCAACUUCUUAGUGUCAGUCACAUAACUCGAAUUGGAAUUAUCACUGCUAAGUGCUGCUUUUUCAGACCUGUCACUCUUUUUUGCAUCUUUUCCAGAACGAGCAAUUUGAGCGUCCGCAUCAGAUCCACUAUUUUCCAUUGAUGAUGUUGUCGGAGAUCGACUGAGCGAUUGGCUAUUUGUCAACGACGACGGUAUUCUGUUUCCAAGCUGGUUCCUGGUUGAGCUAUCUGAAUUGUUUUUGCACUCAACAUCGCAAAUAGCCUUGACCUUUACAAUUGACAGCGGGAAGACAGGAUCAUAUCCGAGAGCCGCAUCGCUUAUCGACGUGCCUGCUUUAGCUUCGACAUUACUUUCCUCCUUGGCACAGUUUGCACCGUUCUUCGCCGGUGAAGCCUGAGUGUUUGCCACCUUGUCGAAAUCUACAAGCUGCUCAACCAAAAAGCUAAGCUUUCCCCGAGAGUUUGGAACGAGUAGAUCUGUGAGAGGCACACCAAUCAAGUCAUCGAUCUUGUGCUUAAGCACGCGCUCCACUUGCGCGCUGCAAAACGUGAUGAUACCUUCUCGAUCGACAACAAUAACUAAAUCAGGAAGAAGAGCUAGAAUAAGUGCUUGGCGCUUCAGGUGAGCAUUCAUUUCCGUCAUCUCUUUAACUAGAGUUUUCUUUCGUAGUCGUGAUGAGCUAGCCGAUCUCCUGUUGGCCACGCGCUUGGCGUUCCGUUUCUCCUCUUUUCUCCUUGCAUCUGAAAGCAAGAUAGCAAUGCUCUGAGGUACAGUCUGGUUGAGUCUAUGCAACAUCUUUACGUGUUGUUCUGUGUGAACACACA